AUCACUCUCUCGCCUCCAAUUAAUUUUACUAUUAUAAAAGCACCUUUCGGCCUUUUCGUACAAAACCCUAAACCCUAAAAACAUCUCAAACAAACCACUGUUCUCGCAACCACGAUUUCUCUCUCUCUCUCUCUCUCCAUCUCUCUGAGCUCUGAUUGUUACCAGCCAUGGCCGCAGCUGCGUUGCUUCGCUCCCUACGCCGCCGCGAUGUCGCUUCAGUCCCUCUCAGCGCCUACAGAUCCCAGUUUACUAGCACUACUAAGCCAUCACAUCUCGGCCAUAAGUGGGGAAGCUUGGCGAGACCCUUUAGCUCAAAACCUGCUGGAAAUGAUGUUAUCGGUAUUGACUUGGGUACCACGAACUCAUGUGUUGCUGUUAUGGAAGGAAAGAAUCCCAAAGUUAUUGAGAACUCUGAAGGAGCUCGAACAACGCCGUCAGUUGUUGCCUUCAACCAGAAAGGAGAAUUACUUGUGGGUACUCCAGCAAAACGUCAGGCGGUGACCAAUCCAACAAACACUCUCUUCGGAACCAAGCGUUUGAUUGGAAGACGUUUUGAUGAUCCUCAGACGCAAAAGGAAAUGAAGAUGGUUCCUUACAAGAUAGUUAGGGCCCCAAAUGGUGAUGCUUGGGUUGAGGCCAAUGGACAACAAUACUCCGCAAGCCAGAUUGGGGCUUUUAUUCUUACCAAGAUGAAGGAAACUGCAGAGGCUUACCUUGGAAAGAGUGUUUCGAAAGCUGUUAUUACUGUUCCUGCUUAUUUCAAUGAUGCCCAAAGACAAGCAACCAAAGAUGCUGGCAGAAUUGCAGGCCUUGAUGUGCAGAGGAUUAUCAACGAGCCAACUGCUGCUGCACUUUCUUACGGAAUGAACAACAAGGAAGGCCUUAUAGCAGUUUUUGAUCUUGGGGGUGGAACCUUUGAUGUUUCCAUUUUGGAAAUUUCCAACGGUGUUUUUGAGGUGAAAGCAACAAAUGGUGAUACAUUCUUGGGUGGAGAGGACUUUGACAAUGCUUUAUUGGAUUUCUUAGUGAGUGAAUUCAAGAGCACUGAGGGUAUUGAUCUCUCAAAAGAUAGGCUUGCCUUGCAAAGGCUUCGAGAGGCAGCUGAGAAGGCCAAGAUUGAGCUCUCAUCUACAUCGCAAACAGAGAUUAAUCUGCCAUUCAUCACCGCUGAUGCUUCGGGUGCGAAGCAUCUUAACAUCACACUUACCCGAUCUAAGUUUGAAAGUCUGGUCAAUCACUUGAUUGAAAGGACUAAGGCUCCAUGCCAAAACUGCUUGAAGGAUGCAAGCAUAUCUACCAGGGAUGUCGAUGAGGUCCUUCUUGUGGGAGGAAUGACCCGUGUACCGAAAGUCCAAGAGGUAGUUUCACAGAUUUUCGGAAAGAGCCCGAGUAAAGGAGUAAAUCCUGAUGAGGCUGUUGCUAUGGGUGCUGCCAUUCAGGGUGGCAUCCUGCGUGGUGAUGUUAAGGAGUUGCUUCUCCUUGAUGUCACCCCUCUAUCACUUGGAAUUGAGACAUUGGGUGGUAUCUUUACCAGACUGAUCAGCCGGAACACAACCAUUCCAACAAAAAAGAGUCAGGUAUUCUCGACCGCGGCGGAUAAUCAGACUCAAGUCGGUAUCAAAGUGCUGCAAGGUGAGCGUCAAAUGGCGUCUGACAACAAGAUGCUUGGUGAGUUUGAGCUUGUGGGCAUCCCUCCUGCACCAAGAGGCUUGCCUCAGAUUGAAGUCACAUUCGACAUCGAUGCAAACGGUAUCGUCACAGUCUCUGCCAAGGACAAGGCUACUGGAAAGGAACAACAGAUAACCAUCCGCUCAUCUGGCGGGCUCUCGGAUGACGAAAUUGAGAAGAUGGUCAAGGAAGCCGAGCUGCAUGCGCAGAAGGACCAGGAGAGGAAAGCUCUUAUUGACAUCAGAAACAGUGCAGAUACCACCAUCUACAGCAUUGAGAAAAGCUUGGGUGAGUACAGGGACAAGAUUCCUGCCGAAGUUGCGAAAGAAAUCGAGGAUGCUGUUGCAGAUUUGAGGAAGGCGAUGGCAGCGGACGACAUUGAUGAGAUCAAGGCCAAGCUUGAUGUUGCAAACAAAGCCGUGUCGAAGAUUGGGCAGCACAUGGCCGGUGGUUCUAGUGGUGGCUCUUCAUCCGGAGGCUCACAGGGUGGUGAGCAGACUGCAGAGGCCGACUACGAAGAGGUCAAGAAGUGAGUGUUGUGGUAGUAAUUCUUUGUUUUUGGUUUUUUAUUGGCUCUAAAUCGCUACUGUUAGAGGUGAUGAAUUUUUAAUAUUAAAAUUUUCCUCAGAGGACAUGAGGUCCUUGAUGCCGGGUUUUGUAUCUAAAUUUUGGGGUUUUUAAUGUACUAUUUUAUUAGGUAGUCGUUUAGUCUACAUGGGUUUAAGCAGGCCAAUAACAGAUUAGAUACUGGCUCUCUAUUGAGAGAAAACACACAAAAAGUUGAUAUUGUUUCAA